AUGCGUGCAAGUUCCAUUGAUAUUCAUCCAAAUGCAACAUGGCCACAGAAUGGUAUCACUGUUGCUGGAGGAAAUGGAUGUGGCAGUAAAACCAAUCAACUCGAUUAUCCAUGGGGUUUGUACGUCGACAACGAUCAGACGAUUUAUGUCGCUGAUUGUGGAAAUCACCGUAUUGUAGAAUGGAAAUCUGGUGCAACGAAUGGCACAGUAGUUGCUGGUGGAAACGGAUCAGGUAAUGGAACUAAUCAAUUAUGCUGCCCAUAUGAUGUGAUUAUCGACAAAGAGAGCGAUAGUCUCAUCAUCAGCGAUAGCGUGAAUAACAGAGUAGUUCGUUGGCCUCGUCGAAAUGGUACUCGUGGAGAAACAGUUAUUUCAAAUAUCGCUUGCUGGGGUUUGACAAUGGACGACAAUGGUUCUUUCUAUAUCGUUGACAUUGAAAAACAUGAAGUGAGGCGAUAUAAAAUUGGUGAUACUCAAGGAACAGUGGUUGCAGGUGGCAAUGGAGAAGGAAAUCGCCUCGAUCAACUCUCUUCUCCCCGAUACGUAUUUGUCGAUCGAGAUCAUUCAGUUUAUGUGUCUGAUCUUGAAAAUCAUCGUGUAAUGAAAUGGGAAGAAGAUGCAACACAAGGCAUUAUCGUCGCCGGUGGUCAAGGACAAGGAAAUAGUCUUACACAAUUGUCAUAUCCUUAUGGAGUCGUUGUCGAUCAAUUGGGUACUGUCUAUGUGGCUGAUUUUUGCAAUCAUCGAAUCAUGCGUUGGCCAAAAGGAGCCACACAAGGAAGUGUCAUUAUCGGUGGAAACGGUAAAGAAGCACAAUCGAAUCAACUCGCUUCUCCCAUAGGUUUACCAUUCGAUCGACAUGGUAAUCUCUAUGUCGUCGAUUGGGGAAAUGCUCGAGUACAAAAAUUUAAUAUCAAAUAA